AUUCCAUUUCUCUUCACUAAUGACAGUUGACAUAAGAAAAAUAUAUUGCAGGAUUUGAUUAUUGGACGUAUAUUAUUAUUGAUUAAGAAAAUGUUGUAGUUCUAACAUUUAAAUACAUAUAAAAAUGUAAAUCGUGAUUAAUAGAUAAAAAUAUCAAAAAGUGCGUUGAUUGAGGUGUUAAACAAAUAUUUGUUGUUUUGUCACCAAUGUAAACAUGGCUGCUGCUACCCUUAUAACUAAGAAGUAAUGAAGACUCACAGUAAACAGAAAUUAUUCCAAACCAGUAUGAUUAUUCGGCACCCAGGCUGUGUCUGCAAGUCAGGCUGUAGUCUGGGUAAACUAUGAACUUAUUUGGCUGUCUUUUUCCAUGUGCCCUACAGCACAGUUGGUGGAAUGUUAGAAGUGACUUGUACUUGUCAGAGGAAUUUACUCAGAGAAUGGGAGUGAAUGCGUCAACAUCUCCAGGAACUGAUGCUAGUUUAGUGUCAGGUAUAGGAGGAGAAUCAUUCAAUAUUGUAUAUAGGGAUACUAUUGGAGUUGUAAGGGAAAGGAAGAAAAAACCAACUGGAUUUGCCACUUUGAAGAAAAAAUUUAUAAGAAAAAGGCGAUCUUCUAAAGUAUGUGAUCAUGCGAAGAUGCUCCGUGAGUUAAUAUCUGUUUGGAGUCCUUUAGAAGUGGCUGCAUUACUUGAAGAGUUUGAAGCUUUAGCAGCUCUUAAAGAUUUAUGUGUUCAAGCAGAAUUGGCGAGACCUCCUGCUGCAACUUUUAAACAGGACCUUUCAGCAUUAUAUGAUUUCAAGUAUUGUACUGAUGCUGAUUUAGUAUAUCGAAGUGCUUGUUUCCCUAUACAUCGUGCCCUACUAUCAGCACGUUGUCCAUAUUUUCGAGAUCUUUUAGCAGGAUGUCCAGGAUAUGGAGCAAGAAUUUGCUUAGAGUUAAGAACAGCUACAGUCGAUGUUCAACUGUUUUCUGCCUUGUUAAGAUAUUUAUAUACUGGCGAUAUUUGUCCACAUAAUACUAACAUUGACAUAAAUUUGCUUAGAAGACUGAGAGAAGAGUUCGGUACUCCUAAUGCGCUAGAAGCGGAUUUACGGUAUUUACUAGAAUCAGGUGACUAUGCAGACGCCACUUUAGUGUUUACUUCUGAUGGGUCCGAUUGUCAGCGACCUGAUUCUGGAAGCUCCGAGUAUGGAUUUAGACCUAAAUGUGAAUUAGCUUGUCAUAAAGCUAUACUUUCAGCAAGAUCUCCGUUCUUUAGGAAUCUAUUGCAAAGGCGGUCUAAAAGCGGUGAAGAACAUACUGAACGAGCUCUUCACAUCCCUACAAGAAUAGUUUUGGAUGAAACUGUGAUCCCUAAAAGGUUUGCAAGAGUGCUAUUGCAUGCAAUUUAUUUAGAUCAAGUAGAUUUAUCUCUCAUAUCCAGAGGAGGAUGUGGGGGAGGAUUAGGAGAAGCUCAAGCUUUAACCCAUACAGGUAGAGCUCGACCUUCACCAUUAGAGGAAGCAAUGGAAUUGUAUCAGAUAGGCCGAUUUCUGGAAUUAGAUAUAUUGUCACAAGGCUGUGAAGAUUUAAUUUUAGAAUGGUUAUCAUUGGAAACUUUACCUUCUGUGUUGCAGUGGUCCAGACUACCUCAUGGUUCAGCAUGGGUUCAUCGCCAGGCGUUACAUUUUUUAAGAGAAGAAUUUCAAACAAUAUCCCAGUCGACAGUUCUACAUCAAUUAGACAAAAUUCACUUGAUGGAAGUAUUGAAGAGUCCAUUUUUACAAGCUAGUGAAUUGGAAGUGCUACAAGCUGUUCUCAAAUGGGGAGAAUAUCAACUUGUAAGAAGAAUGGAGGACAGAGAGCCAAAUAUUGUAAGUCACACUGCCCAUUCUGUUGCCCGAAAAGGAGUGAAAAAGAAAGACUUGAGUGAUGUGGAAUUGCGGGAAAUACUGUCUGAUCUUUUACCUCUUGUAAGAAUUAACCACAUAUUACCAUCAAAUAGUGAUAUAUUAAACCAAGCUAUCCGUAGAGGAUUAGUAAGUAUACCACCAAAUCAUAUGAUUGGUGGCGAAAGAGAAAAUUUCAGAGUAAACUCUUGGAUUAGAGGAAAGAAUAAUGGAUCAUAUAUUCAGCCUAGACUUUUUAUGCCAUACUAUGAUGAAAUAAAAGUACGUGUUGAGGAUCAGCUUAUUCAAGAAGUGGAAAUGAUGCGCCUUCGUAGAGCUCGCUAUAUGCAAGACAUUCCAGACACACUGUAUAUGGUGGACGAGAAGCCACGUUUACAAGGUCCGGCAGGAGUAGAUGUUCUAGCUUCUGCGCUGCCAGUACCCGAUCCAACUGUGAUGAAUGCAAUGUUAAAAAGAGAACAAAAACUACGCCAAUCGCCUAGUUGCCAACGUGCCCUCAACAUGCCUUUAUCUUCCCGUCAUGAAAUUAAUAGACAAAUCAGAUUAAGAGUAGUUCGCGAAUUCAAUUUACCUGAUCCAGUGGCAGAUAUAUUGGAAAAUUGCUACGGUAUACCCGAUAAAAGUGAUAAUGAAUCCUUACAGAUAUCUCCUAAUAAACCAAUUAGUUUAUCUCACGGGUGUUAUAAUAAAAAUAUGAGUUUCCCUCGUCAGAGUUUUUCUCAAAGACAAGAAUUACCAGCUAUAGUACCCGACGGUGAAUUUCGUUUUUCAACAGAACCAGAAAGUAGUUCCUGUAGUGAUGGACAUCUUUCAGAUAUUAUGCCUGAUGUCGCAAUGGCUACAGCUUCAGUAGGACAAGUUCAACUUCAAGACCAACAAGAGAUGGAAUUGGAUCUCGGUGAUGGUAAUACUCGAAUUCAUAACACUAUUGGAGGACUUCAAGUUAGAACUGGAUCGUUACACCAUCCUCUAUCUUACAGACGAUAUCCACCUUCCAGUUAUUUGCAUUUAAGAUCAGAUUCUCAGUCUUAUAAUCCUCAAAUGCCAAGGUUUCUGUAGUUUUAAAUAUUUCAAUUAUGCUUAUUGUAAUAUAGCUUUCUCUAGAAAGCAUUUUUAUAAAUAUCCAGACAAAAGACAUAUUGAGAGCUAAAUACAAGCACAAAACCAAAAUAAAAUUUGAGAGAUAUUAAACUGAUUUCGAAGAAAUAUCUUAGAAUCAAAAAUUGUAUUACGGAUUUUAUUUCUAAUCUAUUAGUUAUAUGUCAUUCCAAUUUUUGUUGUAUCUUUAUCAAAUACAAUCUAACUAGUAUGAUAAGUUAACAAAGUAUCUGUUAAAAUAUUUAUAGAACUCGAUUGAAUAGAAUAUUUAAUCAACUGAGUGACCUAAAAAAAUCCAAAGUACAUUUUGAAGUAAAUACUCUUUGAGUUUAAUUUUAGUAGUAUCCACUUGGCAUUUUUGGCAGCUGAUCACUUCAUGUGUUGUCUAUUACCACAAUGAGAUUUGCAUUCUUGUUAUAUAUAUAUAUAUAUAUAUAUAUAUAUAUAUAUAUAUAUAUAUAUAUAUAUUUAUAUAUAUUUAUAUGAAAGCUCUUCCAUUUGGUUGUUUCUGUUGUAAUCAAUUCUUAAAUAUUCAGUAUUUUUCACAAUAUAAUUCUUACAGUUCAUGAAAAAUCUGUUUUCUAAUCUGUUUGUAUAUCUUCCAUGCACUGUUUAGUAUCAAUACUCACAAUAUUAACAUUGUUUGGUCCUCUGUAGUGAUAGUUAACAGUGUGCUCCUUUCCAAUAUUUAAAACACAUUAAGUAAGGGCCGGUUUCAUAAUAUAUUUAAAGUAAGCUUUAAAUUCAAAGUUUCCAUUAAAUUAAGUCGCGCGUUUCAUAAUUGACAUUUAGCGUAAAUGUUAUUUAUCUGAACUUUGAAGUAAAGUUAGAAAUGUAGCACUUUAGCAUAUAAAGUCUCCUUUAGCGGCAAACGUCAAAAGCAAACAUAUGCUAUGUUUGAAUUCUAAGCUGACUCGGGUGUCUUUCUAAUAAGUUAGGUUUAUGACACUAGAUAUCGUGCUAUGUUAAGUUCAAGCCUAUGGAAACACGAAAAAUAUAUCGACAUAGAUAGAAACGUACAAACUGCAUCCGAGUCUCGGCUUCGGAUUCAUAACAUUGUAGAUCGUUGAGCAGGCUUCGUUCCCGACUGGACAAUAUUCAAUAGCAGUGCUUUUAGAAAGCAGUUUGAGGAAGGACAUUUUUAGAGGGUGACAGCGGAUAUCGCAUUCAGAGAUACCUCAUGACAAAAUAGAAAACGUGAAUACAAACGCUUAAAAUUUAUACAAUAAAUCUAUCAUAAGAACAAGAAACGUCGUAGAAAUAAAAAUUGUGUAUCAAUCAUGCAAAACCUUUAACACUUAGGUACGAUUAAAAAUGAUAAAAAAAAUUAUUGAAUAGAAUAAUUGAAAUGAAAAAUUGAAUUAAAUAAUUUAAUUCGCAAAUACAAAACACAACAACACGCCACCAAAUAUGAAGUCAAAAGAAAUGUUAGCAACAAAAUAACAUUUCUACCUUUAAUUUUGGUUCUUUUUCUAAUUAGAUGUAUUGGAAAAGAAUAGAUAGAAUAUUGUCAACCUCCUUUCAACGCCUUAAAGGAGCCUUUACUUGAUAAACUCUUACAAAUCGAUUAUGGGCCUACUUCACUUCAACAACUAAGUUAAAAGCCCUUUAAUCUAAAGGAACCUUUAGUUAAAGUGCCAGUUAGGGCGGGAUUAUGAAGCCGUUCUUAAGUCAUUAUGUAGGAUAGUUAUUUUAUCGUCCUCAAAAUAUGAAAUUGAAAAUAAGUUUUUUUGUUCCUCUGUCAAUUGACCAUUAAUAUUGCAGUCUUAUUAUUAUUGAUUUUUAUUUGAACCAAAAGUACUACACUUGUUUGUUUUUUUUAAAAGAAUAUUUAUUGUAACUGUGGGAAUCUACAUUGCUGUAGAAUUAUAUUUAACUAUGCAUUCCAUUCUAAUUAGGAAUCAUUAAUCAAAACGUGAUUUUUGUUUUUUCUUCAAUGUUUAUAGACAUAAACUUAUCAGUGACUUCUAUCCGAUAGAUUUAAUAUUAAAUCUAAUAUUUAUUCAAAUGGUAAUUUGAAUCAUUUUAUAACAAAUUGGUAAUACUGAAUUCAAUUUGUUUAUUGUAAAAUACUGAGGUGUUACUCAAAUACCCAUAGUUUUUACUUAUUUUAACAUACAAAAAGGGAUACAGAAAUUAAGUAAAAACAACCGAGAAAAUAUACAUUGAUCACUUAAGAACAGGACAGUUGCAAGCUGGAAAGACAGAUUAAUCGAAGAAAAUAGGACACACAAGGAAUGGUGUCCAAUUUUAAAAUCUAGCCAGUGAUCAAAGAAGAAGACAAAAUUGUCAGUAUAAUGAGAGCAAUAUGAGUAACUGAUAGAAAAGAGAAUGAAGAAACAUUACAAACAUAAUAAAAGUAGCCAAUUGGUAAUAGAAUUUAAAAAAAUGAUUAUAAUUAUAUCAAUCUCUAAUAUUUGUUAUUAUUAAUAUUUAACAAUUAUAAAAUGAUAGAAAUAUCUGGAAAUUACUGUAUAAAGGGCAGAAAUGAAUGUUUUUUAGGUUUCUUCUAAGAAAAUAUUUUAUUUUCACGACCGAAUUUUUUAAAAAGCAAGUUUACACAAAGGAUUUUUAUUAUUAAAAAAUUGUAGAUUGAAUUUAAAUUAUUUUAUUUAUGACAGGAUGAAUUUAUUAUUUUAUCUAGUACAUUUUAUAAUUAUAGUAUAAGUUUUUUUAAUUUUAAGUCAAAAAUAAAUAACCCUUACAGUGUUAAAAAUGCUUUCUAGAGAAACUUUAUCAGUAAUAAUGUACAACUGUGAUUUUCUGUGAAAAUAUUUUUAGGUUUAAAUUAAUUUAUUGGAUGAAUUUGAAGAAUGAAUAUUGGGUGUAUUGACUAUGUAUCAUGUAUUAUUGUACCUGUGGGUGUAUCAUAUUAGAUAUUGUGUUGCUGUUAUUUGUAUAUAAAGAGUGAAAUUAGCAAAUGUGUACUUAAGACACUUUCUACAUUUUCAGUUGUUAAUUCCGAAAAAUAUACUUUGUUUCAAAUUAACUGUAGUGUAAAGUUGAAAAAAAUAUUAUUGUAGACAGUAAACCAUCUUACAUAAAUGGACUAUUCUGUAAUAUACCAAUCCAUUAAAAAAUUAUAUCAAU